GUGCAACGAUUACUUUUCCACGUCCGCCAUUUUGACUCGUCCCAGAGAAUAGGUUACGGAGUAUUUCAUAAUUUUUAAGAAAAAUACUCGUUGUUAACGCACCAGAAAAGGUGAGGACGUGAAAAAGGUUAUAUUAAUAAUUAACAAGUGUUGACCAACAGCAGCCCAGGAUGGGGAGCGUUUUUAGCAGUAUAUUUAAAAGUUUAAUUGGGAAGAAGGAGAUGAGAAUCUUGAUGGUCGGUCUAGAUGCGGCCGGAAAAACCACGAUUCUGUACAAACUUAAAUUAGGAGAAAUCGUCACAACUAUUCCCACUAUAGGUUUCAAUGUUGAGACGGUAGAAUAUAAAAACAUAAGUUUUACGGUGUGGGAUGUGGGGGGUCAGGAUAAGAUCCGACCCCUGUGGAGACACUACUUCCAAAACACACAAGGUUUAAUCUUUGUGGUAGAUAGUAAUGAUAGGGAACGUAUCACAGAAGCUCGUGAGGAACUCACCAGAAUGUUGAAUGAAGAUGAACUUAGAGACGCUGCUCUUCUCGUCUUCUGUAAUAAACAGGAUCUGCCAAAUGCCAUGAACGCCGCUGAAGUGACAGAUAAAUUGGGACUCCACAGCCUGCGAAACCGAUCAUGGUACAUCCAGGCAACAUGCGCCACCAGCGGGGACGGAUUGUACGAGGGGCUAGAUUGGCUAUCGAACACACUGAAGAACAGUAAACAGUAGCACACCAGCGCCAUCUAGUGAACAGAAAGAAAGGAGGAUUUAAAAAUAUAUUACGGGGAAGGUGAAGAAAGGCCUACAGUCAUGGGGAGCUAUUUAUUGUGACAAGGAAUUCAUGCCUUGUUUUAGUGUUUACUUUAGGGACAAACAAAUCCAGACUGAGAUAAUUACAUGUUUUAAUUCUCCAUUAUCUGUGGGCAGAACAUGUCUAAGACACCUUCCUGACAUUGAGGUGGUAAUAUAAUAUUUUUCUGCACUGUUUAGUAUGUUUUUUUUUUGUUUUUUUUUAAUGUGUGGGUGAUGAAAAAAUGAAGAUGUUAGAAAACUGAUUCUUCAAAUUUGUAUCUGGCUCUAUAGGCCUUGUGUCCUCUGAAUUUAUACUUGUGGCUGUAUGUGCAUCAAUGUCAUUUCUUUCUCUUUUUCAAUGCGCUAAUUGGAAUAUAGUGUAAGUUACUUGUCAAGCAUCAGUGUUUUUACUUAACAUAGUUAACAUGCGAUUAUUAUUUUUUUAAAUUGCCUUUUUUAUAUGAGGGCGAUAUGUUCAUUUCCUCGUAUGUAGGGUAGUCCGAGAUUUUUUUUCCACUCAUCAGUUUUCUUGAUGUUUUCUUGUCUAGUCCCAGACUGUUCAGAUUAUAGACAAUGUUUAUUUCUCCACCAAAUAACAAGUGUUUUAAAAAAGGGGCUAUCAUACCUGGGGCAGGAUAUUAUAGGCUUAUUAUCCGUAACAUACAUUUUUUUGUUUAAUGUCCAAUAAUAGCUUUAAUGAUGUUUUUUUUUUAAUUGACAAAGUUUUGAUUUUUCUGGGGAAUUCAAGUAUCAACAUUCCAGCACUAGACAUACAGGUCAGACCCAGGUCUUGAGUUUUCUUAUUAGGUCCGAGUUUUCUCGUUAGCGUGUGGUGUUGUGGAUGAGUUUGGAGCGAGUCUGUACAUUUUGCGAGUUGUUCCAUGGUAUAUUGCUUCUAAAGCUCUUGUCAUCAACAUAUCUCCGGGCUCCACUGAAAUGUAUACAACUACAGUCGAUAUUUAUUCAUAUAGCCCUGAUUUUUUUUCACCGAAAAUCCAGCGUAUGAAAUUUAACAGUCAUAAUAAUAUUGACUUGUCUUAAGAGCUUUUCUUCUAUACAGAUUCUGUUUUAUAUAUUUAUCAUUUGUGAAUAGACAAGUACUACACAUAAAUAAAUACAGUUCGUCUACAA